AUGUAUGACUCUCAUUUGAGGAAAAUCUUUGGCAGCCAGACAGACCAGUUUCGCCAGUCAAAGGUGCUGAUGGUUGGUGCCGGCGGAAUUGGCUGCGAAUUGCUCAAGGACCUUCUUCUGAUGAACUACGGCGAAAUUCACAUCUUGGACCUUGACACAAUCGACCUGUCCAACCUCAACAGACAGUUCCUGUUCCGCCAGAAAGACAUCAAAAAAUCCAAGGCCAUGACUGCACAGCAGGCUGUUGGUCACUUCAACCAUGCCAGCAAACUGGUUGCGCAUCACGGAAAUAUCAUGGACACAAAUAUGUUUCCGUUGAGCUUUUUUACGCAAUUCGACAUCAUCUUCAAUGCGCUAGACAAUUUGGAGGCAAGAUUCUACGUCAACAAAAUUGCCCUGUUCACGAAAAUCCCACUCAUUGAGAGUGGUACAUCGGGAUUGAAAGGCCAAGUUCAACCCAUCUACCCCUACGAGACAGAGUGCUUUGCGUGCAUUCCGAAGGAGCAACCUAAAACGUUUCCUGUGUGCACUAUUCGUUCGACGCCUUCCAAGCCAAUUCAUUGCAUCACCUGGGCGAAAAACUUCCUGUUUCCACAGCUUUUUGGAGACGAUGUUUCCGACCAGGAUAAGCUAAAGCCACAGGACAUUGAGAGCGAUAACAAAGCCGAAAUAGAGGCAUUACUAAAAGAGUCCAAUGAAUUGCUGGAUCUGAAAGCUCUGGUAAACGAAGCUGCUCCGGGAGAUAAGGGCUUUGUGUCUAAAAUUGUUGAGAAAAUCUUUGAAGAGGACAUAGAGAGACUCUUGCGGAUUGAAACUCUUUGGAAAACGAGGGAGAAACCAGAGCCUUUGAAUUGCGAGCCAGUCAAAAUCAAAAGUCUCGACGGACAGAAGCUUUGGACAGUGGAGGAGAAUCUUGCGCUUUUUAUCAACUCUACCAGCAAAAUCGCUCAGAGACUCAAGCAGGGUCCUGUCGAAUUUGACAAGGACGACGAAGACACUUUGGACUUUGUGGUUUCUGCCGCCAACUUACGGUCGUAUAUCUUUCACAUUCCAAUGAAAACAAAGUUCGAGAUCAAACAAAUAGCAGGAAACAUCAUUCCUGCGGUGGCCACCACCAACGCCAUCAUGGCUGGAUUCAGUGCGCUUUCUUCAACCCAUGCUUUCCACGCGACGAUGCAAGAAAAGGUGUCCAAGUCGAAAAUGGUGUACGACUCAAAUCAACCUUCCAGGUUUGUGAACACAUCGGGGUUGGCUCCCAAAAACCCCAAGUGUCCAGCAUGUUCUGUUACUAGAGGCAUAAUCUCGAUAGACCUUUCAAAGUACACAGUUGAUGGGCUGCGCAAGGCGAUCAUUGACAAAUACGGAUACUCGGAUGACAUUGGGAUUGCAGAAGGAACGCGACUGCUUUAUGAUUACGACUUUGACGAUAACCUGGAAAUAAAACUCGAUAAAGUCUGCUCUUACGGCAAUGUGUUGUUUAUAAGUGAUGCUGAUGAUGAGCUAGACUCCUUGGAGCUAUUGGUGGACAAAGGCGAUAAGUUGGAACUGCCAGAGCUAGAGGUUCCAGCGAAGGUGGUACCAGAAGAAAAGAAGGAGGAAGAAGAUGAGGAAGACGAUCUUAUCAUAGAGGGAGACGAUCUCAUUAUGGAGGGUGACAUUAAUGGGCUAGACGGUCCUAAACGUAAAGCUGAGGACGACAUGGGCCCAGCAAAGAAGAGGAAAUAUACGGCGGACGAAGUCGAAGUCAUAGAACUGUAA